AUGCGUGGAGAAGAGAUAAUGUCUGGAGCUCAGCGGAUUCACGACGCGGAUAUGCUGACUGAGCGAGCUAAAUUCCUUGGUGUUGAUAUUGAAAAAAUUAAAUCUUACAUCGACGCCUUUCGUUAUGGCUGUCCGCCCCAUGCAGGAGGAGGAAUUGGUGAGUUAAUGCAAUAA